UCCUCCUAUAUUUUUAACACACACUAAGUCACUCUCAUACACCAGCAAGAACACACAUUGAGAGUGAUGGAAGAGAGUAAAUAUGUAGUGGAAGAAUGUAGAGGUGUUCUUAGGGUAUAUAGUGAUGGAACUAUAGUAAGAUCAACUAAGCCAAGCUUUGAAGUGCCUAUACAUGAUGAUGGCUCAAUUCUUUGGAAAGAUGUUGUGUUUGAAGCCAUGCAUAACCUUCAACUCCGGCUCUACAAGCCGGCUUUUCCCACCUCGACGGCUAAGCUCCCCGUCUUCUACUACAUUCACGGUGGUGGCUUCUGCAUUGGAUCUCGUGCGUGGCCGAAUUGUCAAAACUAUUGUUUCAAACUCGCUUCUGAGCUCCAAGCCGUGGUUAUCUCCCCUGACUAUCAGUUGGCUCCUGAGAACCGGCUCCCAGCUGCCAUCGAAGACGGUUACGCGGCCGUUAAAUGGCUCCAGGAUCAAGCCGUGUCCGAUGAGCCGGACACGUGGCUUACGGACGUUGCUGACUUUAGCCGAGUGUUUAUUUCGGGUGACUCAGCAGGUGGCAACAUCGCGCAUAAUUUGGCUGUUCGGCUUAAAGCCGGCUCAGCCGAGCUGGAUCCGGUUCGAGUUAGGGGUUAUGUAUAUUUGCUUCCUUUCUUUGGAGGGACUGUAAGAACAAAGUUUGAAGCUGAGGGACCUAAAGAAGCUUUCUUAAACAUUGAGCUCAUUGACAGGUUUUGGAGGCUAUCAAUACCAAUUGGAUCAACAGCUGACCAUCCACUUGUGAAUCCAUUUGGGCCCAACAGCCCAAAUUUGGAAAAAAUUGAUCUUGACCCAAUUCUUGUGAUUGUUGGAGGAUGUGAUCUUCUUAAAGAUAGGGCCAUAGACUAUGCAAAUAAAUUGAAAAAUUAUGGAAAAAAGAUUGAUUAUGUGGAAUUUGAAGGACAACAACAUGGUUUUUUCACUAUUAAUCCAAAUUCAGAACCUUCCAAGAAGUUGAUGCUUAUCAUCAAGAAGUUCAUUCAAGACAAUUCUUCUUAAGGGGGAAUAAAAAAAAAGCAAGAUUUUUUUUUUCCCCUCAUUAA